AUGGGGAGUACACGGAUAACAACAUCUCGUCAAACAAUCACCAGCUCCUCGCCGGCGGCACGUCGAGUUUACGGCGCGAGCACGCCCAACAAUACACGACCAACAACUAAGAGAAAGCGGACUGCCGAUGAUGAGGUCAAAUUAUUGACGACUCCAGUAAAAAAAGUUCGGAGACGAGUGAAUACCAACUCUGCAGCCUCAACUGGCUCCGUCGAAGUGAUCGACUUGACUGUACAUUCACCCGUCACGACCCCAACCAAGAAGACUCGGAGCCCCAAGAAGCGCCUUCCUGGCGAGCCGACUCCCGAGCGACGCGCUAGGCCUUUCCGUAAGCAAGCGCCCAAGUGUAUAAUGGAUAGGAUGAUGCGGGCCCGAACCCAGAGGAUGUGCGUCGUGGAACAUUGGGUCACCGAGGUCGACGAUGCGCCCGAAGUCGUGUUUAAAAUGGCGGGGACGACUGGGAAUCUGUACAACAUUGUCAUUGGGAAGGUGCCUUCCUGCGACUGUCCGGAUGGAGGUAAAGGCAAUCAGUGCAAGCACAUAUUUUACGUCCUAAUAAACGCUCUGAAAGCCCCGGAACAUCUACAGUAUCAGCUGGCAUUCUUAUCCUCGGAACUCCGUGAAAUGUACCAGUCAUCACCCCUCAGCAGCCAAAAAGAACAAUCGGAGGACAACAACGGCAAGCGCAAGCCGAUCGAAGGAGACUGUCCCAUCUGCUUCAUGGAACUCGAGCCAGAGAAAGACGAGAUCGUCUGGUGCCGCGCAGCAUGCGGGAAUAACAUCCACAAGGCCUGUUUCCAGCAAUGGGCUGCAACACAGAAUGCGCAGGGGGUUCGUUGCGUUUACUGCCGUUCUGCAUGGGAGACCGGUAGUAGCGAACUGGAUCUAAAACAGCUCGCCAAGGACGGAUACAUCAACGAAGAAGGUUAUGUCAAUGUGGGGCAUCUGCUCGGCAUGCCUGGCGAACGCGACUCUUCAACAUAUUAUCGGCCCUGGGCUUCCCCGGUAUCGUCCUAUUAUGGGUCGCGUAGGUCGUGGCGUUCGCGAUAG